AUGGUUCCUCGGAAUGCCAACGCCAGCGGUAAUGGUUCCAUUUCCAGUUUGCAUCGAAGCAUGGGUGAACAAGGAGACCAUUACUCCUCAACUGGUUCUCGUUUCGGUCAUCACCAUCAUCAUAGUUCCGGCUAUUCCUCGAUGCAUCAUUCCUAUCAACAAUCUGGCAUGCCUCAUCCUCAUUUAAUGCGUGGUCAACAGUCGCAGCAACAGCCCCAAUCACAUCACCACGGUAGCAGUGAACCGAUGAUGGUUGGUGACGAUGGUGCUACUUCGGCUGGCGGUGCACAAGCUCCCAACAGCCUUGCUGCUCUGCUUGUCCCCCCACCCCAGAAGCAACCCCGUCAGCAUUUGGCCACUGAGACAACGGCUGAGAAUCACACUCUUGGCGGCACACCAAAUCUCGUCAACAGUCCCACUUCAGCCGGUCCCCAUGGAUGUAAUUAUCAAUCCCUGAUGAUGGGCUCAGGUCGUAGUGGUGAAUCUCAGGACUAUUUGGCUCAGCGUGGUCUGCCAAGCUCGAAUGCGAACCACGUGCACAGCACAACGAACAAUUCCUCCGGAAGGUAA